GGUUUAUUUUGAUCAUGUUAUGAAUCAACACCGCAUCGCAUCGUGUAUUAUUUUAUUUUAUUUAUCUUUUUGUUGUCAUUUGGACUUAAGACCUCCUACGGUCCAUCACGUUUUGUGCAUUAAUAUAUCUGUUUCAUCUUGCUUUAAGCAUUAUAAUUCAUCAUAAUGACCCGGCGAUAGGAGGUAACUCAGUGCGCGAAAUAAAUGCGAUAAAAAGUGAAAGUAACCAAAAUCAAAUAGGACUACUUUCAUUCGCGAAGAAAAUGUCUCGGUUUGCGGCUGUGCAAAUCUGUUUCGUAACACUGAUAAGCAUCAGUUUGGCCCAUAAAAACGUUCUUCUAUUGUUAGCGGAUGAUGGUGGGUUCGAAAUUGGAGCCUAUCGGAAUCGCAUCGUUCAAACGGCUGCUCUGGAUGCAUUGGCAAAAGAAAGUUUAAUUUUCAACAACGCCUACGCGUCGGUGAGUAGCUGUUCACCCUCGAGAGCCUCCAUACUGACGGGAAUGCCGGAGCAUCAAAAUGGGAUGUACGGAUUGCAUAACGGGGUGCACAACUUUAAUUCUUUGAAGAAUGCCAAAAGCAUUUCUAGCAUUCUUAGUAAGGCAGGCGUGCACACUGGAUUGAUUGGCAAAAAGCAUGUUGGACCUGGAGAGGUUUUCAAGUUUGAUUAUGAACGAACGGAGGAACAGUAUCCGAUCAAUCAGGUUGGGCGAAAUAUUACAUUUAUUAAGUUACUAACGAGAGAGUUUCUUCUUGAGAGUAAGAAAAAGGAUCAACCAUUCUUUUUGAUGGUGUCAUUCCAUGACCCACACCGAUGUGGACACAUCACUCCUCAGUAUGGACCUUUUUGUGAGCGCUGGGGAUCCGGUGAGGAAGGAAUGGGUUUAAUCCCAGAUUGGCAUCCGAUUUACUAUGUUUGGGAUGAACUGCAGCUGCCUUAUUAUAUACCGGACACGGAGCCCGCUCGGAGAGAUGUUGCAGCCCAAUAUACAACUAUUUCCCGUCUUGACCAAGGCGUCGGUUUGGUACUGCAGGAACUAAAAGAUGCCGGUUUCGAUCAAGACACUUUGGUUGUGUACACUUCGGAUAACGGUCCGCCACUGUCAGCAGCCAGGACCAAUUUGUACGAUCCAGGCAUGGCGGAACCAAUGUUCAUACGGUCUCCAGAUGCAAAAAGCCGCAAGAAUCAAGUCACUUAUUCUAUGACUAGCCAUCUCGAUUUGGUUCCAACAUUUCUGGAAUGGUACAACAUUUCCUACCCGAUGGAUCAAACAAGCGAUAGCAAUCUCGUGGAUCAAACUUCCCCUAAACCAAUCCUUACUGGCAAAUCUCUUCUGUCUCUGUUGUACGCUGAACCCCCUGCUGAUCCUGAUCAGGCCGUAUACGCAUCACAAUCUUUCCACGAAGUCACCAUGGCGUAUCCGAUGAGAGCGAUCCGCACCAAACGCUACAAACUGAUCCACAAUCUCAACCAUCAGCUUCCGUUCCCCAUCGAUCAGGAUUUUUACGUUUCUCCCACCUUCCAGGACAUGCUAAGUCGUACUCUCGCCCACCAGGAUCUUCGCUGGUACAAAACGCUUGCGGAGUACUACAAUCGGCCCGAGUGGGAACUGUUUGAUUUGAAACUGGACCCGACGGAGCGGAGAAACCUGGCCGGGAAAGUGGUUGCGAAGGAGAUUUUCGAAAAGCUGCAGGCUAAACUGCGUAAAUGGCAAACCGUGACGAACGAUCCGUUUCGUUGUCUGCCGGGUGGGGUGCUGCUGGAUACCGGCGAGUAUCUCAACAAUGCCACCUGUUUGACGCUGGGACAGUGAGAAUAGAAGAUCUGAAUUUGUGGGAGAAAUUUCUCGCGUUAUUUUUUGCAAUUCAAAUUAGUUUUUAGGUGUUGGAAUCCAGAAAGUUUUACUGGUUUUGUUUCAAUAUAACUGAUUUUGUUGAUUU